CUUCCCUGUCUUAUCUGAUGAGGCCCCUAGGGUGGGAGCAGGUUGUGAGGCUCACCCCAAAGCCGAACCUCUCUAUCCAAAAGGACGGUGGGGAGGCCUCUAGGCCACCGCCAUGUGACAGUUGAGGGCCGCAGCUUGCAGAAAGCAGAAGUGAGCUCACUGCCCUGUACUCCAGGAAAUCAGUCUGGCUGUGCUGUGACCCAGCUCCUCUGCUACCAUGAACAGGGCCCCUCUGAAGCGCUCCAGGAUCCUGCACAUGGCACUGAUGGGGGCUCCCGACCCCUCCGGCGAAGCAGAGGCCAGCGAGGGGAAGCCCUUUCUGCUCCGGGCACUGCAGAUCACACUGGUGGUCUUUCUCUACUGGGUCACCUCCAUCUCCAUGGUGUUUCUCAACAAGUACCUGCUGGACAGCCCCUCCCUGCAGCUGGACACUCCUAUCUUUGUCACCUUCUACCAAUGCCUGGUGACCACACUGCUGUGCAAGGGCCUCAGUGCACUGGCCACCUGCUGUCCUGGUGUGCUGGAAUUCCCCACCCUGCGCCUGGAUCUCAGGGUGGCCCGAAGUGUCCUGCCCCUGUCAGUGAUCUUUAUCAGCAUGAUUACCUUCAAUAAUCUCUGCCUGAAGUACGUUGGUGUGGCUUUCUACAACGUGGGCCGCUCCCUCACCACUGUCUUCAAUGUGCUGCUCUCCUACCUGCUGCUCAAGCAGACCACCUCCUUCUAUGCCUUGCUCACCUGCGGCAUCAUCAUUGGUGGCUUCUGGCUUGGUGUGGACCAGGAGGGGGCUGAGGGCACCCUGUCCUGGACCGGCACCCUCUUUGGUGUGCUAGCCAGCCUCUGCGUCUCCCUCAACGCCAUCUACACCAAGAAGGUGCUCCCAGCGGUGGACGGCAGCAUCUGGCGCCUGACAUUCUACAACAAUGUCAAUGCUUGCGUCCUCUUCCUGCCCCUGCUCCUGCUUCUGGGGGAGCUUCAGAUCCUCUUCGACUUUGCCCAGCUGAACAGUGCCCACUUCUGGGGCAUGAUGACACUGGGAGGCUUGUUUGGCUUUGCCAUCGGCUACGUGACAGGACUGCAGAUCAAGUUCACCAGCCCCCUGACCCACAAUGUGUCGGGCACAGCCAAGGCCUGCGCCCAGACGGUGCUGGCUGUCCUCUACUACGAGGAGACCAAGAGCUUCCUCUGGUGGACGAGUAACAUGAUGGUGCUAGGGGGCUCCUCUGCCUACACCUGGGUCCGCGGCUGGGAGAUGAAGAAGGUGCAGGAGGAGCCCGGCCCCAAGGAGGAUGAGAAGAGCAGCAUGGGGGUGUGAGCUGCGGGGACCUCGGGAUGGCCCAGCCCAGGACACUGCCCAAGAAUGCAGUGAAGGCCUCUCUUACCCAGAGAGAGUGGCCUGGAGGGGAUAUGUUUGCAGACUGAUCAGAAUCUGGUGGUUGAAAUGGAACCGGCGUUUUCAAGUAAUGUCAGAAAGUUGCCGAUCCUGUCUCGACACCCUUUCCUGUUUGGGAGGUUUUGUCCUCCCCUAGGAAGAAGGGACCAACAUGGGAAGAGCACACUAGCCCUUGGGGAGUAGGAAAGUGGUACACCCCUUCCUGUCCCCGUCCCAGGGCCUUUUACCUCCACAUGGCCUUUGGGGUUGAGGACAGGCCACACCCUUUAAGGAACAGUAUAGCAAAGCCAUCAAGUCUUCACCUGUACUCAGGGAGAUGGGGGUGUGACCCCACCACAAGCCAACUGAAAGGGUCUGGGAGCCCCAAGCACCAUAUCUCGAUCCCAGGCGGGCAGUGCAGCUUUGGCCCCACAACCAGCUUCCUUUGGAGGAAAGUGGGGGCUGGGCUGAGAGAGGAAAUGGACCAGUGUUCCCUCUUCUCUGCAGAGAGACCACCAGGCCCAUGGGAAAGGCAAGGGUCAGUUGUUCCCAUGCCUGGCCCUGGAACUCCCAGGGGCCACUGGGAAUGGGGUACAUCAUGGGAAAGCACCCUUCCCCCACUAUCUGCACCCCAUGUUUCCAGCUCUUGAACAUGGGGAACCAAACAGCUUUUACAGGUGAAGCAGGGUCACUAGCACCCACCCCAGUCCCUGGCACCGGUUUUACCUGCCUCGCUGUCUCCUGGCACCUGGCACGG